GACGUGGCACCAGGUCGCUUUUAUUUGGCGCUAGUGGUUCUUCAUAAUAAUUUAUCUUAAGUCGGGCGAAUAUCUCGCGACCGUCUACAAAUUCAACACUACGAGUGACACGGAAACACGAUUGCAAAUACCAUACAAUUCGUACGUCUCCAAAUUGUGGCUAGCGUGUGUUACUUCCAUUCCAUAAUAGAAUAAUAAACAGCGGAAGGACUAGAGGUCUCCGUGGAUAAGUGCGAUGUCAGACGUCAGAGAAUGGUUUAAUUCUCUACCAAUAUUUACUAGAUGGUGGCUACUUUUGACCGCGAGUUUCUCACUCCUCGGAAGAUUCGGCUUCCUGAGCCCUGAGAGGCUUGUCCUAUUCUACGAACCGUUUAUUAACAAUUUCGAAAUAUGGAGAGCUGUUACAAGUGUGUUCUUUUACCCCCUUGGACCGAAAACAGGAUUCCAUUUCAUGAUCAACUGCUAUUUUCUCUACAAUUAUUCGUUGAGGCUUGAACGUGGCGAGUACGAUGGUAGACCCGCUGAUUAUUUGUACAUGCUGUUGUUCAACUGGAUUUGCUGUGUCAUUGGUGGUCUCUUUGGUGAAUUCCCACUGCUUAUGGAUCCCAUGGUACUCAGCGUUCUCUAUAUCUGGUGUCAACUGAACCGUGAUACUAUCGUAAAUUUCUGGUUUGGAACACAAUUCAAGGCGAUGUACUUGCCAUGGGUGCUGUUUGGCUUCAACCUCAUCAUAUCCGGUGGUGGAAUGCUGGAAUUGGUUGGAAUCCUGGUUGGGCAUCUUUAUUUUUUUUUGAAAUUCAAAUACCCGCAGGAAUUUGGGGGCCCGGAUCUUCUGGCAUCUCCUAAAUUCCUAGAAUCUUAUUUUCCACCUCAAAGUGGAGGUGUUAGAGGAUUUGGAACAGCUCCUACCCAGAGAGCACCACAUCAGCAGCCAGCUAGAAAUAUGUACGGUGGCUACCAAUGGGGACGCGGACAGGUUUUGGGUCAAUGAUAAAGCUUUUUAUUCUGUGAAACACAAUUACCGUUUGCGGUAUGCAUCCGUCGAGUGAAAGUCAGAGUGAUAAAAUAUGCCAAUUGAUAUGAGAAGAAUCGCGUUUUGGUCAACUAAUACAUUUUUUUUCAUGCUUGUGGUAAAGCUUAUCGCUUUAUCAAAUCUAUUUCUGGACGAUACGAUACCCUAAACGAGGAAAUAGCCAUGAAGAAAAAAAAGAUCAAUGGUCUCAAAAUACGUCGUGAAUAAAAUCCUUGCCAAAACCUACUAUUGAACAUUGGUAUUCUGAAUCGAUAGAAAAAAUCUCUCGAUCUCUCUUUCUCGGUCGAAAAUCUCUGAUGUCGAAACACAAACUUGAAUAUCACAAAUAUGAUUCAUUCUAGAAUAUAUGAACCUCUCAAGAUUUAUGUUUAACCUAGUUCGCAGCGCGUUUGGUUCCUUUACUUAUUUAUCUUUUUGAUAACAUCAAACUCAAUUGCAUGCAAAUUGAGUGAACCUUGUGAGAGUCGAUCACCCCCGAGUCAAUCUCAGAGAAACGCAUUUCAGAAAACUUUCCUGCCACUUUAUCGAUGGUCAAUUGCAAGAAUCAAUGACUCGUGACAAAAAUGCAUUACAUACAGUUGUAAUUUAUGAACUAUUUCGCGGAUACCAUUCCUGUGUAAUCAUCAGGCGUUCAAUCACUGUAAACGCUAUGUUAUGUACAUAAAUGUAUAUUCUAUUAUGUAAGCAAUGACUUACUUCUUUAAUUAAAGAUGAUGUGUAUGCACAA